UUUUUUGGAUUUGGAACAUACAAAGCAAGGAUGGCAGAAAGUAAAGAUGCGAGUGAUAAUUCAGGAAUGCGAGAAGCAUGUGGUGUGUUUGGAUGUGUUGCGGCGGGUGAUUGGCCAACACAACUUGAUGUAGCACAUAUCAUAUGUCUGGGGCUUGUCGGACUUCAACACAGAGGUCAGGAAAGUGGUGGCAUUGUUACAAGCACUGGAUCAAAGGAUUCAAGAUUUACACAGAAGAAAGGCUCGGGGUAUAUAAGCUCAAUAUUUCAUGAAGAAGACUUGAUGAAACUGAAAGGAAAUAUCGGUAUAGGUCAUACGCGGUACUCAACAUUUGGAGGGUCCGAUACAUCUAAUAUACAGCCUUUUGUCGUGGAAACAUUACAUGGAUUAAUGGCAGUGGCUCACAAUGGAGAGCUUGUCAACUCAACACAACUUAAACAAAAGUUACUCAGACAUGGUGUUGGACUAUCUACAGGAAGUGACAGUGAGUUAAUUACACAGUUGUUAACACAUAUGCCAGAUUGUGGUGAACCAGAUGGUCCAAACUGGAUUGGAAGAAUAAAAGCAAUGAUGAAGCAGACGCCAGCCUCAUAUUCCUUGGUAAUAAUGCACAAUGAUAAGAUAUAUGCACUGAGGGAUCCCUUCGGUAAUCGUCCUCUCAGUAUUGGUAAACUUCUGACGGCAGCCAGCUUUUCUGGAGGUCAGCAGACUAGGUUGGAAGAAGAAGGAUGUGAUGGCUGGGUGGUAUCAUCAGAGUCAUGUUCUUUUGGAGCCAUGGGCGCGAGGCUCUACAGAGAAGUUUUACCAGGAGAGAUAGUUGAGCUGAGCAAAGAAGGAGUCAAAUCUCAUUGUAUUGUAGGUAGACCCGAGGCAAAGUUGCCGGCAUUUUGUAUCUUUGAGUAUGUCUACUUCGCCCGAGCAGACUCCGUUCUUGAAGGUCAAAUGGUAUACGAGGUGAGGAAGAGGUGUGGCCGGCAGCUUGCCCUCGAGGCACCCGCAGACGCUGACCUUGUCAGUACGGUGCCGGAGUCCGCAACACCGGCAGCCAUUGCUUAUGCUGAAACUCUUGGAAUUCCAUACGGGGAAGUUUUGUGUAAAAAUCGUUAUGUAGGGCGGACCUUCAUACAGCCGAGUAUGAGAUUACGUAAAUUGGGCGUUGCAAAAAAGUUUGGUUUGUUGACGGGUAAUUUUCAGAACAAGAGGGUGGUGAUUAUAGAUGAUUCUAUAGUGCGAGGAAACACCAUGAAACCUAUUAUACAGAUGUUGAAAUCUGCCGGGGCAAAAGAGGUGCAUGUGAGAGUGGCAUCUCCACCAAUCAAGCAUCCAUGUUAUAUGGGUAUAAAUAUCCCAACUAAACAUGAACUGGUCGCUAACAGGGUGGAUAUGGACAAAAUUGCAAACCAUUUUGGUGCUGACAGUUUACAGUAUUUGUCAGUGGACGGAUUAGUUAAGGCAACACAAGAAGGAAUAUCUAAAGACAACAAUAAAAGUGUUGGCCACUGUGUGGCAUGUUUGACUGGUUCCUAUCCCAUUAAGUUAGACUGGUAACAUUUAUUCUUUUAAAGCUGCACACCGCCAGAUUUUAGCAAACAAAUUAAAAAAAAAGAGAAAAAAGAGAAUUUGAGAGAAAAAGAUCUUAUCAGAGUU